GUUAUAUUUGGUUCUGAUUCUUGUCUUGCCACCUUUGCAAAAGAAGAACAAUAAUUACAAGAAAAGCAAAAACAUCCUUCGAAUCUGUGUUCUUCUUCUCUGCAACUUUUCGUCAUGCCUUCCUUUUCCACUCUUCGGAGAUUAUCACUCUUCGCCCAACGCUUCCGUACCCUUCACUCUUCCCCCUCACAUCGCAAUCCCAAGUGGGGUUCAGCCAUUGUUGCAGCCUCUGCUGCUGCUCUUGCCCUUUUCUAUUGCGUUAACACACCCCAUUCAAGCUUCUACUCUGCUUUCUCAAACAACCACCCUCAAAGUUCUUCAUUGUUUGAAAAAUCAUCCCUUCCCGAAAGUGAUCAUCGUGGCUUGCUUUUUGGAGAUGCCUACAGAAGCAAGGUUUUCUUCAACUAUGAGAAGCGCCUACGGUUGCAUAGUCCACCCGAAAAGGUUUUUGAAUACUUUGCAUCUUGUCGUACUCCAGAAGGGGAGCUAUUGAUGAAGCCGGUGGACCUAAUGCGAGCAGUUGUUCCUGUUUUCCCUCCAUCAGAAUCCAAUCUUGUAAGAGAGGGAUACUUGAAAGGUGAAAGAAGUCCUGGCCAUUUAUGCUGUCCCCCUUCGGAUUUUUUUAUGCUUUUUGAUGUAAACAGCGACGGGCUUAUAUCUUUCAAAGAGUAUAUCUUUUUUGUAACUCUGCUUGGCAUCCCAGAAUCAAGCUUUUCUGCAGCAUUUAAAAUGUUUGACAAGGAUGAUGAUGGGGAGAUAGAUAAGGAAGAAUUCAAGAAAGUGAUGCAAUCAAUGCGAUCUCAUACCAGACAAGGUGCUCACCAUGGGGAUGGACGACGAACUGGCCAAAAUGCCAAUGCUUCCGUAGAAAAUGGAGGGAUGGUGGAAUACUUAUUUGGUAAAGAUGGAAAGGGACGCCUCAAACAUGAUAAAUUCGUGCAGUUUAUAAGAGACUUGCAUGACGAAAUUAUGAGGCUGGAGUUUGCUCAUUAUGAUUUCAAAUCUCAGAAAACUAUUUUGGCCAAGGACUUUGCACACUCCAUAGUUGCUUCUGCUGACUUGAGUCAUCUGGGCAGGUUGCUUGAACGGGUUGAUGAAUUAAGCAACGACCCACGGUUUAGGGAUGUACGCAUAACAUUUGAAGAGUUCAAAAACUUUGCAGAGCUGCGGAAAAAACUGUUACCGUUUUCUUUGGCCCUUUUCAGUUUUGCAGAAGUACAAGGCCUGUUAGCAAGAGAUGAUUUUCAGCGUGCUGCAUCCCAUGUUUGUGGUUUAACCCUCUCAGAAAAUGUGGUUGAGAUUGUUUUCCACUUGUUUGACACGAAUGGAGAUGGAAACCUAAGCACAGAGGAGUUUGUUAAGGUGCUACAACAUCGAGAAAGAGACAUCGCUCAACCUGCGGAGACGGGAGUCAUGGGUUUCUUGUCAUGCUGCUGGAAAUGUAUGGGCACCUCCCCAUCUUCUCGCUUCUUUUCCUGAUUUUGUUUUAGGUAUCCUCAAGUUAACACACAAUAGUCUGUGAAAUGUGAGUUAGUAUGCUCAAAAAUCAAUGUCAUUUAAAUAUAGUGUCCUUAUGAAUAUAGAACUGUUAGGCCUUGUAGACAGGGAACAUACCUCACCUGUGUAAACCCGCAUUCGUUCAAUGUAAUGGAAUGCCUAUGCAUGUAAGUAACACUA